UGUACGAGUAAAAGUAUUCGAAAUGAUGUCAGCAAAUUUAAGAUUUUAGAAAACUGUACGAUUAUUGAAGGAUUUCUGCAUAUUGUUUUAAUAGAGAGAGUGAUGGAAGCCGAUUUCGCAAAAUUAUCGUUUCCAAAAUUAGUGGAAAUAACUGGUCAUAUCUUGUUAUAUCGCGUUGAUGGUCUGAGAACAUUACGACACAUAUUUCCUAAUUUGGCAGUGAUACGUGGUCAAGAGUUGUUUCACAAUUACGCUAUCGCAGCCUAUCAGAUGCAGGAUCUAGAAGAGCUAGGAUUGGUCAGUUUAACUGCCAUAAAACGUGGAGCUGUCCGUCUGGAGAAGAAUUCUAAACUCUGCUAUGUGGAUACGAUCGAUUGGGAGAAACUGGCAGCAUCAGAUAACUGGAAGGAUAACGUGUUUUCUGAGAACAAAGAUGAACAGGAAUGUGUUAAUAUCUGCCCAGACCAAUGUUCUCGAUCUAAGGUGAAAGGCAAAGAAGCCAAAAGAUGCUGGAGCUCCAAAGAUUGUCAAAAAGGCUUAGAUUGUGAGAAGAAAUGUGGUAAAGGUAUAUUUUGUAAUGAUGAGACAGGAGAAUGUUGUCAUAAUUACUGUAUGGGAGGAUGUCGGGGACCGAGGAAGGAAGACUGUCUAGCCUGUAAAGCUGUUAUUUACCAGGGGAUCUGUGAACCAAGGUGUAAUCCUGAAACAUACAAGUACAUGGACAGAAGAUGCCUGCUAGAUAAGGAAUGUAUGAAUAUGGAGAAUCACCAGAAAGGAGAAGAGUGGAAGAUUAUUCGAGGAGACUCCGGAAUGGAAGGGAAGUGUAUCAAGGAAUGUCCAAAUGGAUAUACUAAAAACGUUACAACUCCCAAUAUCCGAGAAUGUACGAAAUGUUCUGCUCAUUGCCCGAAAGUAUGUUUUGGGCGUGUAAUUGACAGUAUAGAUGCAGCUCAGACUCUAACAGGAUGUACAUCAAUAACAGGUCCAUUAGAGAUUGAAAUAGAUGGUGGAAGUAAUAUUGUGGUAGAACUGGAGAAAAGUUUGGGAGAAAUCGAGGAGAUCUCACAUUAUAUCAAAAUUACACGAAGCUACCCAAUUAUCUCCCUUCAUUUCUUUAAAAAAUUAAAACUUAUUAAAGGAGAAAAACUCGACCAGACAUACUACAGUUUGAAUAUUUUUGACAAUCCAAACCUACAAGAAUUAUUCUCUCCUGAAGUCACCAAAAAUCUCCGAAUUCUGAAUGGAAAGUCAAAGUUUAAUUUUAAUAGAAAACUGUGUUUUUAUAAGAUUGAGAAUUUUCUAAACGCUGUGGGAUUAGCCAAUACUACCGAUGCAUUGGAUGAUGUCAAGAGUACGAACGGAGAUUCUAUUCCUUGUGAAGUGAACACUCUGAAUCUUAGUGUACAAGCUGUUAAUCAUCAUUCAGUGAUAUUAAAAUGGGAUCAGUUUAAAACUCAUGAUAUCAGACCAUUAUUAAGUUACGUCGUACAUUAUCGUGAAGUUCAAUCUAAGAAUAUCAAUAUUUUCCAAGGACGAGAUGCCUGUUCAGAAUCUGUAUGGAAAACAAAAGAAGUAGAGCCAGAUAAGAACAGUAACCCUGAGGAAAUUAUCAGCUCUCUCAGACCCUGGACUUUAUACGCUGCUUACAUCCAAACUUACACCAUUGGUCGAGCUAGCAGUUCCGCUAUAUCCAAUCUUACAUACUUCAGAACUAAACCUUACUAUCCGAGUGCACCAACUAAUUUAGAAAUCACUGCUGAAGUUGAAGGUGAAUUGAAGGUCACGUGGGAUCCACCAAAACUACCCAAUGGUAACAUCACAUAUUAUAUCGUCAAGUGGAGACGACAAGUUCUAAAACGUGAAGAAUUUGAUAAACGAGAUUACUGCAAAGAACCUCUGGAUCUGAAUCGUGACAAAAAAGAAAAAGACAAAAAGAAGGAGGAAGCUAAAAAGAACCUAACUCUGCCCUCUGGUGGUCAAUGUUGUCGCUGUCCGAAAACUCCUCAAGAAGAGGAAGAGGAAAAUCGUAUCCGUUUGAAUGAAAUUGCAUUUGAAAAUGCUCUUCAUGAUGAAGUUUAUGUUAAAAGAAAACGUGAAGUUCCGUCACCGAAUGAUAUAAAAUCAGGGAAACAGAAAUAUUUGUCUGGAAAUACAGAUAAUGAAGAUGUGGAUGUAAAAAGAUUGAAGGGAAAAGUGGACGGGAAAAACUCAUCCGACUUUAAUAACGAAACAGAAGAAAAUCAGGAAAAUACUUCCAUAGUUCACAGUCAGGAGAUACAUCUUCCUAACCUAGGUCAUUCACAGCCUUACACUGUAGAGGUGGUGGCGUGUUUGAGUGAUAAAGAUAAAUAUGGUAAAGAAAUGUGUAGUCAUAGUCAUAGUCAAGGUAACAGCGCCAUAGCUAACGCUAGAACCCUCGCUUCCAAAACGGCAGAUACGAUAAAUGCAUCUACGAUAACUGUCAAACCCAAUAAAACGGAAGUCAUGAUAAAGUGGGAGGAGCCACGUAAACCAAACGGCCUGGUUAUUAAGUUUGAAAUUGACUAUCAGAAGACUCAUAAUAACGAUGUAACACCGUGUAUAAACUAUACCAAGUAUCGUUCAAUUAAAGGAUACAAACUGGAGAAACUACAACCUGGAAACUAUUCCUUUAAAAUCCGAGCCACAUCUCUAGCAGGCCCUGGCGAGUGGACACCAGUCAAAUAUUUCUUUAUUGAGGAUACUGGAAAUGAUAAUGGUAUAGAAAAGAAAGUGAUUAUUGCCAUAGUGAUUGGUGUUAUACUCGUUCUUGUCAUUACUAUAAUAGUGGUAUGGUUUGCCAAGGAGUCGGAACUGGCGAAUAAUUUGAUAGUAUCCCAUAAUCCUAAUUAUUUCCCUGCUGGUGAUGUAUAUAUCCCUGAUGAUUGGGAAGUCGAUAGAGAUAAGAUAGAAUUAAUUCGAGAAAUUGGAGAAGGAUCAUUUGGUAUGGUGUAUGAAGGUAUAGCUACUGAUCUACCACCAUAUAAAGGACCAAUGAAUAUUGCUGUGAAGACUGUAAACGAUCAAGCAGGUGUUCAAGAUAAAAUGAAUUUCUUAAAAGAAGCCUGUAUAAUGAAGGCGUUUUCCUGCUUCCACGUUGUAAAAUUAUUGGGCGUUGUGUCUCAAGGUCAACCAGCCUAUGUCAUAAUGGAACUGAUGAAAAAUGGCGAUUUAAAAAAUUAUCUUCGAUCACAUCGGCCAGAUGUAGAGGAUAAUAAUGGUGCCCCACCCCCAACAUUAAAAGAAAUUUUACAAAUGGCUGGUGAGAUAGCAGAUGGUAUGGCGUACCUAGCUGAUAAAAAAUUUGUUCAUCGUGAUCUGGCAGCUAGAAAUUGUAUGGUGGCAGAGGAAAAUACAGUCAAAAUAGGAGAUUUUGGAAUGACGCGAGAUAUUUAUAUGACUGAUUAUUAUAGAAAAGGUGGUAAAGGAUUACUCCCCGUCAGAUGGAUGGCUCCGGAAUCAUUAAAAGACGGUAUUUUUACAACCAUGUCUGAUGUGUGGUCUUAUGGUGUUGUAUUGUGGGAAAUGGCUACGCUCGCCGCCCAGCCCUACCAAGGUCUAUCUAAUGAAGAAGUCCUUCGCUAUGUGUCCGAGGGUAAAUUCAUGGAGAAACCAGAAGGAUGUCCAGAUAGGCUGUAUGAUUUAAUGUUAAAAUGUUGGCAAUAUAAAGAUAAAAACCGACCAACAUUUAAAGAGAUAAUAGAAAUGUUAGUUCCUGACUUACAUCCCAGUUUUAAAGACGUUUCGUAUUUCUUCAGUGAUGAAAACAAACCGCCAGACGGA